UCGUGCCAAACUCAUUCAGUUUUCCUGCAAAUUCUUUUCCAGUUAUCCGAAAGUCGUAGUUUGAGUUUUGUUUCGAUCCUCGUUUUCUGGGCAAAGAAAAGAACGUUAAGCCCUGUCAUCCAUCGGUUUGGUAAAUUAAGCUGACAGGUGACAGCAUCUGCAUUUUGGAGACUUGAAUCUCGAUGCGUUGAUCGUUGCAGUCACUUGCUGUGCUGACUAAAAAAUCCGACGUCAUGUCUCUUCCAUUCAAACGCGGGCGUGGACGGCCGAAGAAAAACUCCGUUUUCUUCAGCCCUGAUGGUGUAGGGCCUGCCUGUGGCGUCCGUAAAUCACUACGAAACACUGCAGUUCCCGGUGUGUCAUACAAAAAGCUAGUGGAAUCCAUCGGAAUCGAUUCAUCGGUUCCACCGACCUCAUGGCGCAAAGCCAUCGAUCAUUCCGCGGAGAUUAUCCUCUUCUACCAACUUGAUCUCCGGGGAGGUUUUCCAAAGUUGAGCAAAAGCAUUCGCAUCCGCGCCGAGGAUUGCGUGUGUAACGGCCAAAGCGGUUCCUUGUUGAUUCCGACAGUGUACGUUGACGAGAAUCCUGUGAGCUCCUCAUUUGUAGAAACCAUCAUCGGGCGACAGUAUCUGGCGGAUGGCGAUGAUCUCAUGAAGCUGCUUGAUCAUGCAGGGGUCUUUCAGGACGGGACGGAUGAGGCCAAAGCGGAUGGAGAUGAUGUAGGAAAUGGAAAGGUGGAUGGAAAUAAGUGCGAAGCAGAUUAUGGGGAAACGUGUAUGCAGACAAAUUUGCCUGCGGACGAAGGCAUUUCUGCAGAGGCGGAGAAGAUUAGUGAUAUACUGCCUUCCACGGAUGCCACAUCUGCCGUCAAUGCAACGGUCAUCUGUACGUCGAGCCACCCCGUUAUGGAUCUCACUUCUAUGUUUACGCUACCGACAUCCUUGCCUUCGAGGCAUUUUGAAAUGGAGCCUAUGAUGGUCACGGCUUCCGGAAUCUCCCCUUGCAUGGCCAAAAAUGAAGAACUCGAGGAACCGGCUCUCGGUUUCGACGGCGUCGAUGGUGAUGGAACGGCUGAUUCCGAUUACGAGCAACCGCCUGAUGAAGAUUCGGAUGAUCCCGAUGACGUUGACGGACAUGGAACCACGCGGAAAAGCACUAGACUAAAAAGCGCGAAAAAACGAGGUGCUAAAGUAUCCAGUAAGGCAGUCAACAGCGAGGUUUCUGUUUCUCAAGAAUACACUACGCAUGCUCCACGUUCGCCGACCGUAGAAAGCAAAAUCCGCGUGUUUAAAGGAAGAAAACCGCCUAAUGCUCACAAUAUAACAGACGUGGAGGCAGAGACAAAUCUAUUCAAGACGUGUAAAGCCGAUAAGCGGAAAUCUUGCUUUUUCUGUCCUAGCAAGAUAAAUCGUCGAACGACGGUAUUGUGCGUUUCAUGUAAAAAUCAUGUUUGUGGAGAGCAUUAUGGUGCGGUAUGCCUGCAAUGCAUGGAAAAAGCGGGCUUAUGUUGAUGUUACUGUAAUUGCUGUGUUUUUGACACUGUAUACUCUUUUCUUACUGUUACGAUUCUUACGAACACUGGAAAUUAUUCCCGCCUGGGCCUCGUAUUUUUGUUUCAAAACUAGUUCUGCGCAGCAAUCUUCUUCCGCGGGUUAAUCAUGAUCAAUUUCUGUAGAUCGAUCUUGUUGUAAGUUUGCCACCGAAUACACUCCUACGAAGCACAACUAAUUCAUCGUAUAAAUACAUAUGGUAGAUGCUACUGCAAAUGAUAGGAAACCGUUCCAUUUAUAGUUGCUAAAAAAACGGGACAGUCUUUUUACCGCAGUAUCACUUUCACUUA